AGCUUUGGGCCGUACGGCUGGUGGUUUAUCAUGCAACUGCGAGCUGCAGUCACUCGCGCGCAUGCAAGCUCCCUGGGGCGAUUUGUACUUGUUUCGACCCCGUCUGAAGGUAGGUCCUGCCUACGUAGGUUUUCUUGUGCGCCAUGAGCGAUGCCAAGCGGCUGAAGCGGGAGCUGCUGACCCUGCAGAACGCCGUGGCAGAGCUCUCGUUGGACCCCUUGGGCGGCUCCGUGUCCGCCUUCCGCUUCCGGGGCGAGUUGAAUCCAUUGAGCUGGGACUCCGCGGUUCACGACGGCGUGGAGAAGGUGCGGCCCCGGCCGCUGGGCCACUUUUUGUGCUUGGAUCGCUGGGGGCCGCCCUCCUUGGAGGAGGAGAAGAAUGGGAUGCCCUACCACGGGGAGGCGGCCCAGGUGGCCUGGGCGGCUUCGGAUCCAGAUCCGGCGGCGGCGGGGCCGCUGGUGCUGGAGGCCGCGCUGCCCAUGGCGGGGCUCGAGGUUCGGCGCACCGAGUCCCUUUCUGGAGAGUGGGACUCUUCAGACUGCCAGACUGCCAGACUUGGCGCCGGUUUUGGCUUCUUCCAGGUGCGGCUGCUGGCACCGAAGGGCACGGAGUCGGCGGUGGCGAGCUUCCGAGAUGAGGUGCGGAACGUGAACGCGCUGGGCCGGAUCCUGAACAUGGUGCAGCAUCCGAGCAUCGCGCCCCCCUUCCUCACGGCGGAAACUCGGGUGGAUUGCAACGGCCGGCGGGGGUUCACGCAGCGAGAGCGCGGGUGCUGGGAGGCGGUGUGGGAGGAUGGAAGUGUCCAGUUCCCGGUGGCAAGGACGCAGGCAGGAGAGAAGGAUGCGCGCUGCAUGACUGGAGGUGAUGAUGAUGUGUUCAGCUACGAAGUGAAGCCUGAGGAUCCUCACGGCUGGGUCUGCGCCUACACCCCGAGCGAGGGACUCCUAGUGGGCUACGUGUGGCCCCGGGAAGACUACCCAUGGGUCUCCCUGUGGUGCUCCGGACCUGCCUCCUCGCCGCGGGCGAGGGGCCUGGAGUUUGGCACCACGGGGCUCCACCAGCCCUUCCCCAUCCUCAGCCGCCACCCGCGGAUCUUCGAGCUCCCCACCUUCCAGCACUUGGACGCCCAGGAGGCUUCCGCCAGGAGCUUCUGCGCCUUCCUGCGGAAGGUGCCGCAGGACUUCAAGGGUGUGCACAAUGUGGAGGUUUCGGGCUGCACGCUGGAGAUCUUGGAGAAAGACUCGCAGAGGAGAUUCAGCGUGACUUCUGAAGCCGAGCUCUUUCAGAAAUAGCGCCGGUUAGCCCCGGGCCGGCCUGAUUGCAAGACGCAUCGCGUGAACAUCCAUUGAAGUCUGG